GCACGUGUCCCAUGGACUGCAAGGCGGCGGCGUCCCGGGCUGGGGGCUGGGGGCCCCUGGCUCUGCUGGCCGCGGCCGCCGCCAUGCUGCUGGGCUGCUUGCUCGCCGGGAUGUUGCUCUACGCACAUUAUGCGGCCACGCCGGAAGUACCCCUCUUGCAGGACGACGAGCCUUGUCGGCGAACCCAGUGUCGCUUCGGGGCAGAAUGCCACAGCGAGAGGGGACAAGCGUACUGCCGCUGUCGGUUGGCCUGCUCCGACGGCCUCUUCGCUCCAGUCUGUGGAUCAGACGGCUUUACUUACUCUUCCGAAUGUCGUCUUCGCAUGGCUGCAUGCAUUCAACAGAAGCAUUUCACAGCGGCACGCUCAGGACCUUGCGAUGUGUCCGACCCGUGCCGUGAGCGCCAGUGCCAAUGGGGCGCCGAGUGUCGGCCGACGUUGGACGGCCGCAGCGCCGAUUGCGUCUGCCCGGACAAGUGUGUUUCCUUCGGGGAUGCACGGGGGUCGCGACCCGUCUGCGGCUCCGACGGCCGGGAUUACCCCAACACCUGCGAGCUGCGGCGCGCCGCUUGCACCGCUGCUAAGGAAAUCAGGCCCCGCUUCCAGGGACCUUGCGACCCAUGUGCUGGAGUGGAGUGCCCAGGGUCGCAAGUAUGCCAACUAGACGAACAUCGCAACCCCAUCUGCCGGUGUAACGGUGCCUGUAGAGAUGGAGGCGGCGGAUCCGGACCCGUGUGCGGCUCCGACGGACGUACUUACAGCAGCGAGUGCGCCCUACGUGUAGAAGCGUGCCGCUCCAGAAGGCCUCUGCUCCUACGACUGCUACACUCGGGUUCGUGUAGCCUGCACCCCUGUACGGCCCUUCGGUGCGGUCCGGGACAAGAGUGUCACAUCGACCGGUUAGGCCGUGCCCAGUGUGCCUGCCCGCCUCCCUGCGAAGCUGUCGUACGGCCUGUCUGUGCACACGAUGGUAACACCUAUGAUUCUGAGUGCCAUCUCAGGCGAGAUGCCUGUCUGCGUGGUGUCUCAGCCCCCCAGAUAGCAUACACCGGGCCUUGUGACACGGCAGGACCAUGCCAUGGCUUCCAAUGUCCUUCAGGAGCUCUCUGUUCUGCAAAUACUGACGGAACUCCAAGCUGCCAUUGUCCCGCCUGUCCUGCUGAUACGUUCGACCCAGUGUGUGGCUCGGAUGGCAUCUCUUACCGUAGUGAAUGCGAGCUUCGUCGUGAAGCUUGUCAGCGAGGUCAUGAAGUUGUCAACUUCUCCCACGUCGGGCUGUGUCGCGACGCUUGCGACGACCAGCGUUGCCCCUUUUAUGGCGUGUGCAAUGAGGGUUCAUGCACCUGUCCACCACCAUGCGAGCCCCCAGUUGACGACCCGGUAUGCGGUUCUGACGGAGCCACUUACCGUAACGAAUGUGAACUGCGUCGUGCAGCCUGUGAGAAACGGCUCCACCUCGAGGUGAGUUCCCGUGGACCAUGCGAUUCCUGUCGAGGAGUUGAAUGUCGAUAUGGAGCUACCUGCCAGAACGGUGUCUGCGUUUGUCCAGACUGCGACGAAGCACAAGAUGCCGUCUGUGGAUCUGACGGUCGCACGUAUCCUAGUGAAUGCUUUCUCCGCCGAGCAGCUUGUGAGCAGGCCAGAGAGGAUCUGACGGUUUUAACGCGUGGAGACUGUCCACCUGAAGACGGCAGCGGGUCUGAGGGAUCCGGAUGCAAUAGUUGCCGCUUCGGCAGUGAAUGCCGUGGAGACGAAUGUCGGUGUCCUGAUAGUCCAUGUCCUCCAGCACCCGCGCCAGUUUGUGGAUCUGAUGGUACAUGGUACGCGAGUGCCUGUCACCUGCAACGAGAAGCAUGCCUUCGUCAACGCGAGCUUCGGGUAGUCGGAGCCUCACGGUGUGAGGCGGCUCGUUCUUGCUCUCGGAGCCCACAUGGCUGUUGCCCCGAUGGAGCAACUCCUGCCUUGGGUCCUCGCGGAGCUGGUUGCCCCAGCGUUUGCCGUUGUAACCGUUUGGGUGCAUUAGGUCCAACCUGCGACCCAGCGUCGGCACAGUGCGCUUGUAAGCCCGGGGUAGGUGGUCUCCGCUGCGACCGUUGCCAGCCUGGCUACUGGGGCCUCCACCGAAUAUCUGAUGGUGUGAAUGGGUGUAGUCCGUGUCGCUGUCAUCCCAUGGGCUCUGUUCGUGACGAUUGUGAACAAAUGACUGGCCGUUGUGUUUGUAAGCACGGCGUCCGGGGAAUGAAAUGUGAUCAGUGCCCAGUUGGAGCGUCUAUUGGGCCUGAUGGCUGCGCCGCAGGAAGCGAAUCACCGCAUCAUACAUGCGAACCCUGCAAUCAAGACGGAGGAGGACCCGUAUGCGGCUCCGACGGUCAGACGUACGCGUCGGCCUGUCAGCUGCGACAGUUUGUGUGCCGUCUGCAUGUAAAUUUGACAGUAGAUCGACGUGGGGCAUGUAGUCCAACAGCAGUCCCGACUGCAGGUUCUAUUCGCCGCUCCACAGCUCAGCGGUUAGCUAUAGAGCAGAGCGGACUUGUUCCACCAACCCCACCGGCUUCUGAAGAAGACGAUUCUGCUAAAGAGGCACCGUGGCGUUUUACAGGCGCUUCCUACUUAGAGCUGCGCCGCCUUCAAGCUUAUACAGGCCUCUCGCUGGAAGUGGAAUUCGAAGCUGAGUCUCCAGAAGGUCUGCUGCUUUAUAAUGGUCAGACGUCCUCAGGCGCUGGGGACUUUGUAGCACUGGCUCUACGAGAAGGUCACCUUGAGUUCCGGUUUGACCUAGGCUCUGGACCUGUAGUUCUUCGAGCACCACGACGUAUCACCCUUGGUCGCCGUCACCGCGCCGUUGCCAAGCGUUAUCUCCGUGACGGCUUUCUGACAUUGGAUGACGAGGCGGACGUCCGAGGUCGAUCCAGAGGUCUACUACAAUCGUUGGACCUAGCGGAGUCUUUGUUCGUAGGCUGGGUGCCGGGCGGCCCUCCAGCUGGUGUUGCACGUAACGCUGGAACAGGGCUAGGGUUCCGCGGAUGUGUGAGACGCCUCCGUGUCGGCAAGCGGGAUGCUUCCCCGAAAGAAGUGUUACGUGCUAGGGGUGUGUCGCACUGCUGCAACGGUACGGGUUGCGCCCUGGGAUGCGAUCCUAACCCCUGUCCGGAAGGCAGCAGUUGCAUGGGAGGACGCCCUGACGGAUUUUCGUGUCGUUGUGGCCCGGGACGAAGUGGAAGGCUGUGUGCCGAUCGAGCUGAUGUUCCAGCAUUUUCGGGUGACGGCUACUUGGAACUACCACGGCUUAAAAAUGUUGGACGUACAUUCUCAUUGGAGCUAUGGUUCUUGGCCGAGUCACCUACGGGUUUGUUGCUUUACAAUGGUGGUACCAGUGGCGACUUCUUGUCUCUUGGUCUUCAAGACGGACGUCUGGAGCUGCGCUACGAUCUCGGAUCUGGAGCUGCUAAUAUAUCUGGUACGGCGCUGCUUACGACUCCGAAUGUUGUCAGUUUGGGUGGAUGGCACACGGCGCGAGUGACCCGGAGCGGACGCGAAGGCUCACUGCAGCUUGACGACGGACCGACGGUUCACGGCGAGGCCAGUGGCCCGCUGAGCGAACUAAACCUGGAACAGCCGCUGUACCUGGGCGGCCUGCCUUGGGAUACAGCGGCCAGGCAUCCCCAGGGCCUGCAGGGAGCGCUCCAGCGUCUGGUGCUCAACGGAGAAGCCUGGCCAGACUUGGUGUCACGCGCCCAAGCCUCGGAAAGAGUGUCUUCCUUCAAGGGACCUCCAUGUGGCAACUCCCCGUGCUUACACGGUGGACUCUGCCUACCGCACCUGGAGCGCUUCACGUGCGCCUGCCCCACUGGCUUCGGGGGAACCCGAUGCCAGUUGCCGACACCUGUAGGACCACCACCCGUCGCAUUUGACGGAGCUGACACUCGGCAUUUCCGCCUCGCAAGUCGGUCUCCCUCUGAAAUGGAAACACGUUUCCGGACUGAGUCUCCACGGGGCCUCAUCCUCUGGACGGGAGGUCCUCGUGGGGAUCAUCUCGCCCUUGGACUCUCCGAAGGACGUCUAGUCCUAAGCUUUGACCUGGGUGCACGGCGCGAACUUCUUACGUCUUCGGGCCCCCGACUCGAUGACGGCCGGUGGCACACGGCACGUCUCAUACUCAGUGGUCGUGACGCCGUGCUCACCGUUGAUGGCAGCCUCGAAGAACGGGCGACCGCUGCUCCAGGAGCCUCACGUCUGGACACGGACGCCCUGCUCUGGGUGGGAGGCUGUCCGUCUCUUCCAUCAGGACUUCCCACAUCUCUUUACGCUGGCUUCGCUGGCUGCCUCGAAGACCUCCGUGCCGAUGGGCGUCCGCUGCCGCUGGUGGGCGCCCCUUGCCUGGACGGCGAAAACUCGCUCUAGAAGCCCCCAAGACGUGGCCUUAUCCCACUUUUGGAAUUUGCCUGGGAGCUGAAUGCCGAGGGCGCAACAGCUUUCUUUGUUUUUCACUUAAGAAAGUAACUUAUUUUCAAACAGAGGAACUCAAGAUGCCGUUACAAAUAAGCAUGUCUUAUAGGACCAACAUCUUGACUCCCGCAGAGUACUACGCGCUAGGCAGUUGAGAUCGGCUUUCAUUGCCGGGGCUUCAACGGAGCUUGGGGAGGUUUUCCUCAACAACAACACAGGAAUCCGAAAACACUUUGAAGCCACCUGCACAAGCAACGAAGAAAUUGUUGCUCCAGACAGCACCUUGGAUGUGAAUCCAGUGAAUCUAGUCGCCCACUAUACGAUCCGUGAUAUACGCAUCAAGUCUUCCAUGCUCUCAGAUCUUCCACUGUGCAUAUCUUGUACACUUGUGCGCCCCGGAAUGAAGAAAACCACAUGCGGGGUCGUCGGGGCGGUUAUUACCACGGUAAAUAUAGCUUGUAGAAGUGUAUACUUUGUACGACAAAAUGACUGCUGGUGACCACAAAGUGAUAUAUCGUGUCCAAAGUUCCCCGCCCUUAAAGAGUGGCUGAAUGCAAGCGAGCUGGUGACCUCUAUACGGAGACAGCAAGGAGGAGUUCAAAACCGGUUUCAGACACAGCUGAAAAAUUUAUUCCGAAUUGGACAUUCGCAGAGAGGAAAGUCGGCCAGAAACGGAAGGUUUCCCGAUUCCUCGCACAAGGCAGGGAUAGAUUAAUGAUAUACGCCUAAGAGAGCGGGGUCAAGACCAGGCACCCUCUGUGCCUCUGUAUACUAUCUUCAGGAGCCUUGUAUUAUCGCCAGCGCCUUCAAAGUAGUCUCAUACCUCCAAGCCGACUUCACACUUUCUCGUUCUUUCCAUAAAUCUUCCAGCGGUGUUUGAAACCAUGUUUUUGUGAUUCCUUCCUGGUCUUAAUCCCAGAGUAGUUUCGUUACUCGUCGCCUGCACGUUAGCCUAUCAAAAUCGACGUUUUGCACACGAGCGCCGCCGGCUACACAAUUGCCGAUGUUUCAUUUGUAUUUAGGUAUUUUUAUACUGUUAGUAUUUUCAAUUUGGUGGCACUUUUGUUACAUUACAAUACCGUCAACAGCGACGCUUCCUGACAUUUUCAGUUCAGGGGCGAUUAAUGCAGCGGAUGCCCAACAUUCUAGGGGGAGGGGCGCGAAUAAAAAAACAUCACUAGUCCACACCAUCCAACAUCUUAAGCGUUCCAACGUCUCACACGAGCGCCCAUUACUCGAACCCAAAUUGAGUUAUACUCGGGGUUCGUCGCCGAACGAGAACUUGUAGAAUUGAUGCAACGAGCUCGUGCCAAUCGCCACUGACAACAGCACACGUCUUUUCCGUGUCUUGUUUGCCCAUACAGCUAAUUAGUGUAGAAAGAGGUACAAUUUCCUUGAGUUUGAGGAAUACACAAUACAAGACUCAAGACUUAAGUUAGUGUGUUUCGGAACUUCGGAUGCACGGCAAGAUCUCAGCAAGAUAUAAUGACAUAAUUUAUCACACAGGUAUCUUAUUCAACCUCCCCACCCCGAUGAAAAAAGCAGCGUGUGAUUGGAUGGCAAUGCCGACAUGAUGCGUGCGAACAAGAAACGAAAAUAGACCGAAAAAGAAGUAAAACCUGUGAACCGUACGAAGCAUUGAACAAGUCUACCCUCUGAACCAGUUUGCACGAGAGCUCAACCAUGUUUUCUUGGUUACUGCAUUGCACUAAAGUAACAUCGGCACGUGCUAACACUUUGUAGUAAGGGGGUUUGUAAUCUUACUAUUGGACACGUACGAAUGUGUUAAUAGAUCUGAAAGUCAACAGACUGUCGUGCACAGCAAAAGGCGCCAAAAUAGUCUUUGCUCCCGUUCUAAAACUAUACAGGGAGUCUCAGUUAAAUCCCCGGGCUAAAUAAUUCGCGAAG